UCGAAAUCGAAACCCUAAUUCUUCAUUCAGAGAGAGUGUGUGAGAGAGAGAGGUGAAGAAGAAGAUGAAGUUCAAUCCAAGAGUUUCAAGCAGCCGCCGAAAGAGUCGAAAGGCGCAUUUCACGGCCCCAUCAAGUCUCCGCCGUGUGAUAAUGAGCGCACCACUCUCCACCGAUCUCCGAUCCAAAUACAACGUCCGUUCCAUACCAGUUCGCAAAGACGAUGAAGUUCAAGUCGUUAGAGGAACAUUCAAAGGCCGUGAAGGUAAAAUCGUUCAAGUUUAUCGCAAAAAAUGGGUUAUUCAUAUUGAACGUAUUACUCGUGAGAAAGUUAAUGGUUCUACUGUUAAUGUUGGUGUUGAUCCUUCCAAAGUUGUUGUUACUAAGCUGAGAUUGGAUAAGGAUAGGAAGUCGUUGCUUGAGAGGAAGGCGAAGGGACGUGCUGCCGCUGAUAAGGAGAAGGGUACUAAGUUUGGUGCUGAAGAUAUUAUGCAGAAUGUUGAUUGAUUUUGAUUAGGGUUUUGUUUUUUGUUUGUAUUGUUAUAAUUGGUUUUGAUUAUGUUGUUGGAUUUGAAUGAAUGGAAUUUGAGUUUUGUUUUUAAUUUAGUGAAUGAAAUCUAAUGUUUUACAUUAUCA